GACAUCAUCCUGUCCUCAGUCUGUCUUCCUCUCACCGAGCAUCUUCUUCAUCAUCAUCGCCAUCAUCAUCGCCAUCUUCGUAGGCUGUCGCGCGCUGCUUUCCUCGUGCGUUUGUGCCGCGACGCACCCUCAUCAUCCUCAUCGUCUUCAUCAUGUCUGCCGCCAAACAGGAGGACCGCAAAGGCGCGAGUGAUUGGCGGGAAUUCUUCUGGAACCCGCGAACUCACGAAGUGUUGGGUCGAACCGCGUCCAGCUGGGGUCUGAUCCUCCUCUUCUACCUGGUUUUCUACCUGUUCCUGGCCGGGAUGUUUGCUCUCACCAUGUACAUCAUGCUGCUGACGCUGGAUGACUUCAAACCCACCUGGCAGGACCGCCUGGCGACCCCGGGGAUGAUGAUUCGUCCGAAGGGGGAUCAACUGGAGAUCACAUUCUCCCUGUCGGAUGAGCAAAGCUGGAAAGGUUUUGUGCAAAAUCUGGAUGGGUUUUUGUCUCCGUACAAUGACACCCAACAGGUUCAAAUGAACGAUGACUGCCCUCCAAAUCAAUACUUCAUCCAAGAGGACAGUGGAGAGGUGAGGAAUAAUCCAAAGCGUUCCUGUCAGUUUAAUAGGACAAUGUUGAAGGAGUGUUCUGGGGAUUCUGAUCGUUUCUAUGGUUACAGCCAAGGUCAGCCCUGUGUGCUCAUCAAACUUAACCGGGUGAUUGGAAUGCUCCCAGGAAAGGAUGGACAGUCUCCUUUUGUCACCUGUGGAGCCAAAUUGUAUAAAGUUGGAAAAGAUGAUUUGAGGGAGGACAGUGAUAAGAUAGGACCUCUGGCUUAUUUUCCUCCAAAUGGAACCUUCAACCUCAUGUACUAUCCUUAUUAUGGCAAGAAAGCUCAGGUGAACUACACUCAGCCGCUGGUAGCUGUAAAGUUCCUGAACGCCACUCUCAACACUGACAUAGACAUUGAGUGUAAAAUCAACUCCAACACUCUCGCCGCUGGCAGCGAGAGGGACAAAUUUGCUGGCCGAGUGUCCUUCAAACUACGAAUCAAUGACAAGUAGAGACACAAUUUGACCACACUGCACUCAUGACGUUGAUCACUUCAACUCUGUUCAUCGCUGCAACUCGUCUUUGUCGCCAUUCGUUAUCUGUUAUUGUGCUUGUUGAAACAUUUUUUAGUUUUUGGCAGCUUUGCCAUAAACAUGUUGACCAAUGACACGCCCUCACAGUUUAAUGUCACCCACCCAGCAGCCACCGCAAUCAAACACUUUAUUUAUUGAUUUGUGUAUUUAUUUAUUCAUGUAUUUAUUGAUUGAUUUGAUGUAUCAAACUGAGUCAAGCACUGUAGAGUGCACAGUCUUUUACAUAUCCUGGAAGCUCAGCUGACUGUUGCAUUGUUCAGUCCACAAAGUGAUGGUCUUGUGUUUUCUCAAGAAAUCUGGAUAUGUACAGUGGAACCUCGGUUUCAUACGCACCAGUUUUUGUAGGAUUCGGUUUUUGAUGAAAAUGAUUGCUAAAAAAAUGUCUCAAAUUUGAUACCCUGCCUGUUUUUGUAUGGCCAAAAGAGUGCGCCUAACAAACUAGUCCGUGGAAUCAAGUGCCAAAAUAAAGCAUCCACACGUUGGGGCGAAUGGAUAGUGGUUCUUUUAGAAUUGGGGCACUAUAGACAGAUUCCGGCCAGGGAAUCCUUUGUCUGAGUGUGGUUUAUUUGUUCAUAAAAUGCACAAAGAUCGAUGAACAACUCCUAUCUGUCUUCUUUCUUUCUCCUAAUAAUUAGUGCGCACCGUGCGUAUUACUGAGUGUUAGAGAACUCUGCUUUUUAAAGAAAGUACGGCUACAUUAUUUCUUAUGAGAAAAAGAGAUUCGGUUUUCAUAGGUUUAGUUUUUUGUCGCACCUUUUGAAACCGCUUCAUGAAGAAAACCGAGGUUCCACUGUACAAUGAUGGAAGCAGCUACGAUCACUCAGGUGUCACAACAGUACUUUUUUGUUUUGUUACAUUUUCCGCUUGUUACAUGUAUUGUUUUGUUGUCACAGAAGUGUUUCCAUGAAAUAAUUGAUCAGUGGUGUUAUUGUAAUUAGUUAAUUCACAAAGAGUGGAAUCGGUUAGUCUGAUUUUAGUGUUCUUGCCCAUGUGACACACACACACACACCUCACCUUUGUUAAUAUACAGCCAAUCAGAUGUUGUAUGAUGUCAUGUGACUUGAUUUCUCCUGGCUAUUACACACAUGACCACAUGAUUAAAAACACAAUGACUUUAUAA